AUGGAUGAGGUGGAGGAGUUCGAUGGCCACAACAUCGAGGAUUGGACGCUAUACAUCAUCAAGCUGGACGCGCUCGGUGAGCCAGACGUAUUUCGUAAUGCGGAUGUGACGCCGGUCUUCGGUCGAAACUACCAGCGUUACCUCGACCUCAUCGACAACGCGCCUCGCCAUAGAGUCACCCACUUCGUGCGACCAUCCAGAACGGUCAGCAGGUGCCACAUACCCAAACUUGUAAGAGACCUGCUCGCGCAUGAGCUGGGUGAUCCUCUCCUCGAGGAUGCCGACUGUGCACGCCGAUUCAAAAAAGGAAUAUUCGUGCGGACCAGCGGUAUGUUGCAGCAGAGAUACGCGGACAGGAUAGAUGCCGUCAUGGUUACGAGCAGUGACGAGGCUUCGGCUGUGGGUGGAAAAAUUGUCCCUGUCCUGUGCGAAGUCGAUCGCGUCAAGGCCGAGCUUCGUACGGGACAAGGGGACCUUGGCAUCGACUCACUUCACACCGGUGAUGCAUACCUUUGUUUCGACGCAGAACGGACCUGGUACAGAGAUGGCUUCUGGGCGUUAGGUGCGAUCAUUCUCGACGAAACUCGAUUACGAGUGUUGGAGACGAGGAACGCUCUCGAACUAUGCGGCGCGUCCGAAUAUAGCUUCCAGUGUGACGCGGUGUUCUUCAGGGGAUCUUCUUCGGUGCAAGAAAAUAUGAGACUCCGCUUCAACCAGUUGUUUAGCGGCAACGAAAAAACCCCCGGCACUCUCAAGUUUGAACCGGCAUUGAAGAACCCGCUGUGUGGGGAGAGGAGGGUGUUCGAAGGCAUCGUGGUCAAGCUAUCGCUGGAUGCGUUACCUCCGGCAAUGAGGAAAAUUCCUUGCCCGUUAAAACCCCGGCUUUUAGUGAUCCCUCUGUGGGAUGGCAUCGGCACCGACUUCAGUUCGAUGGAAGAAGCUCACAGCGCCUGGCGUCGUCUCGGCAAGAACACCAAGCGCAAUAUGUGGCCGGAAAUAUGCGAGGCCGAGUCACCAUCGAAACUAGAAAUUUUUCUCCGCGGUAUGUUGUCUCGACAAGGUUCAAGUAUUGUUUGUGCGGUGACCGGAGAACAUGGAGGGGCGGGGAAGAGUUAUUGUGCCUUCAACGCUGCCAAGAAUAUCUUCAAAACGGGGUUGGUCGUUACCCCUACCAAUAGUCUGAGAACGUCCUUCACAAACCUGCCAUCCGGUUGGAAUGUAAAGACCGCUGACCACCAGCUCGGAUUCUACCUGGGCGAUGAUUCUCAUGUGAAGAAGACGGCGGGGUCGAUACGUACACUUAAGGUCGACGUGAUCAUCAUAGAGGAAGCUGCUUAUAUGCCUCUCCGUACCCUAAGCAUGGUCCUGGCUGCCGCCCAUAGCAGCGGUACCCACGUGAUCGGGACGUACGACACGCACCAACUCCAGCCCGUUUGCGAGAGCAGCGGCAUGUCGAUUAGCAGGGACAACGUCAACAGAAAGGUCAUCCUCGAAAAAGCCUUCCCCACAUGCUUUCAUGUCUUCGCGCGCAAGCGGGAUAAAACUGUCGACGAACAGGUGGAGAUGGACGACGGCCUCUUGCACAUUCUGGCCGCAGGAAACGACAGUCACGAGGCGCAGACUCGAGCCAUCGAGAGAUUUGGUGGUGGUUGUCUCGACGACCCAAGCCCUUCAGACUUUCAUCUCGCUUACACUAGAGACUGUGCUCGUUUCUAUGCGUUUCGAGGCUUGCUGGGGUGCAACGAGUCUGGAGGCUGGGACGUGCUGGGGCAUAAAACAGUUGUUGGUGCACAAUAUCGGGACCUCGGGAACCCGGGCAAGGUUCACAAGAAUCACAUGUACAACGUCAUCCGAUCCUCGGCAGAGACCGUCGUCGUCGCGAGUGCAUUUGACGAUGGUGCUAGUCUUGAGGAAACUUCACUCUGUCGAGCGGAGGCAGAAAACGUUUUUGAUCCUCCAGGGUCGUGCACGGUACACGCCGUCCAGGGCCGUACGGUAGAAGGGAGACUGAUCAUACACCAGGCCCGACACCCUUACGCCGAUGUGUACUGGAUAUACACCGCCAUAAGUCGAGCGACCGGACCGUCGAACGUCAGGGUUAUUGACGAUAUUUACCGAAGCAAGAGCGACAUGUCAGACCGAGAGAGGGCAUCGUGGGUUUCUAGGAAGGUUUCAAGUUAUAUAUACGCCGACGUUGCGGCCGAGCGUCUCGGAUCUGAUGAGGGGGGGCAGCAUAGAGAAGCUCUCGUCCAAGAACUCCACCGCUCCUAUGGGGGGAGGUGUAACUUGUGCAACCAUGAACUUAUCUGGACCGUUUAUAGCGAACGCCAACCGACUCUUGACCGUCUUGACUGUGCUUUGCCCCACACCAUCGGAAACGUGGACGUUAAGUGCCUAAAGUGCAACAGAGCAAGAGGAAGCCUAGGGAGAGGGAAGUCCAAAAAGAGGAAGACGAGUUGA